AAAUGGUUGCUAUUGACUGUCAAUAUCAGAUAUGAGGGAUUAAGUAAUUAUACAACAGUAAAAUGGCUGAGAGUAUAUCCAGCAUACGAAAGGGAAAAACAUCGCUCAACUCGUCCAUUAGUUCAUUUUCCUGUAUUAGUGGUGAUACCAGCAGUGAUGUCUUUAGGAAGCAGAUACCAAGCGUUAAAAAGAAGACAAAGAAAAAACGGCUUAAAACACUUCAAAAGCGUCACAGUCAAAUCAGAACUGAAGAAAACACCGGAGAAAGAAUGCAAAAUGAUUCUUCUAUCUUCAAACGACUUAGCAAUUUAUUUAAAAAGACGAAACCAAAACAGUUCUCUCAUUCAACACCAGGCGACAAUGCCAAUGCUAUCAUGAACAGAGACGGUUCGCGUGCUAGCAGAACUGACUUUGACGAAGACAUUGCAAAUGAUGACAUAAGAACAGUCUUCAGAGAGACAACUGGAGAUGACAACUGUGAUCUUCCAGGGCGAAAUUUGAUGGUAGCUAAACAUUCAGAUAGAUCGGCCGAUAUAGACGCUACGGCUUAUAACGUAUCACCUCGAGUUAUCAAUGUUAAAAGUAACAGUCCGCUGGAAGAGGAUAUCAAAACACAACCUCGUGUAACAUGUCAUUUAGAGACAGAGGAAUCUAGAUCUGAACUGGAAGAAAAGUUGAAGGAAAUAUCAAGGAGGGAAUUGGAACUUUCUCGGAAAGAAGAUGAAAUCUCAAUGAGAGAAAAAGAGGUCUUAACUAGCCAGCACAACACUAUUGAAACACUGAAUGAAGUGGCUCAAAUAAUUGGCAAUAUUGCUCAAAAUCCUCUAUAUGUAAACAUGGCAGGAUGCAGGGACAUUCAUAUAGGAACUGGGAACGAGGAUGUCAAGCAGAAUUUGAAAUACGUGUGCACUAUACUGGAUAGUCUGUGCGAAAAGUAUGAAGAUAUCAAGAAUACGACAGAAACAACUCUAGAAAGUGUAAAAACUAUACAAAAGGAAUCGACAGAUCAGAGUGAACAGUUACAUAACCUGGCUGAUUUCUUAGAAUCAAAACUAAAGCAUCACACAGAAGCGGAGGAACCACAUCAGAUACCAACACCUUCCAACAAUGUACAAGAGCAAGGACAAAUCUGCAGCCAAUGUUACGGAGCGUGUUGCAGACCGUCAAACAAUAUUUGGAAACCAUCUAAAGUGCAGGAUUUUAUGGUCAGUUCACAAGUAUACUUAGAACAAAAUAUGAAGCAACUACUGACAGAUGUUCAAUUAAUCAAAAGGAAUUUAUUGCCUCAAUCUUAAAAGGGGAGAAACGUUGCUUACUUAGACACGAUUUAUGACCUGCCUUUCUGACUUAUCUGCUCAGAUACACACGACUAUCUGUAUGUGAUUUGAAUUGUUUAUUUCCCCAAAAUCUUUUGAAAUAUACAUGGGAAGUGUUUUCCCCUUUUGUAUUUGAAAUAUUUCUAUACAUAUUUCACAAUAACAAUUAUUCGAAAGUUUCUACUUUCAAUUCAGCCAACGAUGUAUACUUAGAUGCUAUUUAUGACCUGCUGUUCCCAUUCAUCUGCUCAGAUUUUGCUUACAGUGAGCGAUUGCUUGUUCCAGAGCAAAAUCAUCGCCGAUAGAAAAAAUCUCUAUAAUCAUAGGAACGGAAGAGUCGGUCGAUAUGCGGGAUGAGAAUCGAAAAUGAAAAGCGUUUUCGACUUCGAGCACUAGUCACAUUCGAGAAUUGGGCAAUUUACCUAAUCUCGGCCUUACAAAUAUCUAAGUCCGUGCUCGUAAAGUAUCAUUCAGGGUAUAAUUUAGCGAUUUUCAAUAAAAUAGAAACAAUAUGUUCUUAAUUUAAUCAUAAUCAUAUCCUAUCAUUAUUAACAAGAAUAGUUGUUUGUGCUUUUUGAAUAACAAAUAUACCUGUAUAUAUGUCACACGAGUAUUUUAGUAUGAAUAUGUGGGUAUUUCUUGUAAUUAUGCACAAACAAUGUUUUUUUCAAAUGAAACACAGUUUAUUGAACAUGAACACAGACACGGAGACAGUGACCUGAAAUAAAAAGAACAAUACCUAGAAUACAUAUGGACACGUGUAAACGAUUCCGACAAUUACAUUAUUUAAUACUGAACGCAUUAAAUAUUCACUUAGGUAUAUUUUAUAUGUUUAUAUUAUAUUAUAUUUUAUUUCAUAGUUACCCUUUUACAAUUAACAAUUAUAAUACAUUAUCUUUACACUAGCUUUGACCCUAUGGAGCCCGACCACGUGUAUGUCAUAUGUUAAAUAUUUUAACAUAUUACGGGCAAGAUAUCAAAUAUUAGUUAAAUGCAUUUUAUCUAUAUCUAAUAGCUAAAACAUAUUAAAUAAUGUAUUUAUAUUAUUUUAAGUUAAAUAAACUUACCUUGAAGCACUGUGGCCGUAAAGCACACAGGCUUAUACUGGACGUGUGUAUGGUGCAGGGUCUAUAGGCGUUGUGGCUGCACUCACCUGGGCAAGGCCCCGGUAAGGUUUUCCACGUGCACGGAUAUAGGGUAAUGCAGGGUCAAAGUGACACACUCAACCAAUUCCUUGCGCUCACCUCUCACCAUAACAACUAUAUACACAGGUAUAUAGGACAUUAUAUGACACAGGGACUUGUACAAACAUUAUACAUGAUACAUAGCGCAAGUAUCUAUAUACACCUUACAUUUACAGGCGUUGGUCAGACUAUUAUUAAAGUUUGACCACCGUGACAUAUAUGGUACUGUUUUCAGGUUUAAUUAUUUCUGCAUUUUCUUCUUGACUUGUCAGAUAAGCUUAGAAAGGGAAACGGCUUUUAUAGUUCAUAGUUUCAAAACUGGAACAGUAUUUUCGUAUUUUAAAAGACAGCAUACCAAACGGAACAUAAAAUCAUAAAAAGAUAAUUUGAAAUAUUACCAGAAAAAAAUGUAUUUUUUGUAAUCAUAUCAUUAAUAGAAAAGUGAUAUUUUAAACAUUUGUUAUGUAUGUGUAGCCCUGGUAAAUACUAGACGUAAUAUAGCGCUCUGCUAGAGAGAUCUCCUCUUUAGGUCGAUCGGUAGCUCUAUACAAAAACGAUAUCAGCUUUAUAUACACGAGUUGACCUAACAGAGAUAACAGGGUUGCUAUGACAUGUGUUACCGUGUCGCAUUGCCUUAUUGUAUUUACGUCAAGAUAGACAGGUAGGCUUACAUGUCCUGUUUUAUAAAUCUUUGAGAACAAAUAAAUUCAAACUGAAAUCAAAACAAGUUAAAUGGGUUAUGGUUAUUUUUAAAGUCAAGUGCGUUCGUUAUUAAUAUUUUUAAAAAAAAUGUUGGCAAACUUGAUCGUCAUGUUUGAGAUGAUGGUAUGUCAUUCACAAUUUUUCUUGAUAAGUGUUUAUCAACUGGACACGUGUGAGUAAACAUAUUGUGAUAAAAGUCACACACGGACGUCUGUGUGUUGUAACACAUCUUUUAAAUAGUAUGUGUGUAUUAGUGGGGAUUAUCAGUCGUUUUAUUUACUUUUGUAAAUCGACAUAAAUAUGACCUUAAUUGCUUUCGGAUUAAAUUUUUUGUUUUGCUUU